GGAUAUGCGAAUUGGGACGCAGAUUUGUCUGGCUUGCCUGCGCUUUUUUCAUUCCUCCUCUCACUGCAGCCGCCUACUCUCGACUUUCAGGCGAGGCAAGGCGCAUCUCAAACAAGCCUAUUGUGGACGAAGGUAAAUUCUAAUACGCAGAUAAAACGCUGGUGUGGACGGAGAUCGUAUUCGUUUUAAUUCUCCGUUUUUAAACGAAAACGCAGUAGUGUGGACGAGGCCUGAAGCAUUGUAAACGGCAUUGUGAGGCUUUCUUUGUGAGUUCUAACAAGGCAUAAUGACUUCAAAUUAUUCAGAAGAUGACUACAGUGAUUUGUUAGAAGAGUUGACAAACGUCAACGUCUCAGAAGAAAAUGCAGUUUCUGUGCAUUUACAUGCAGGAUACUGCAGGGAAGCAGGAUGUGUAUUCACAGUUAUUUUUAAUGUGAUCAUAUUCCUGCUUGGCAUCAUUGGAAAUGGUGCUGUGAUCUGGAUUACUGGUUUUAAGAUGAAGAAGUCUGUGAACACCACCUGGUACCUGAGCCUGGCUUUGUCUGACUUCAUUUUCUGCGCUACUCUCCCCGUCCUCAUUAGCUACAUAGUUACUGCCAACUGGACUUUUGGGCUCUUCAUGUGCAAGUUCAACUCUUUUGUCAUGACCCUCAAUAUGUACAGCAGCAUUUUCAUCCUGGUCAUCAUUAGUGUGGAUCGCUGCAUCACUGUCAAGUUUCCAGUCUGGGCCCAAAAUCAACGCACUGCAAAGAAAGCUUCUUUAGUCGUUGUGAUGGCUUGGUUCGUGUCUGCUUUGCUUAGCAUUCCAUCUGCCAAAUUCAGAGAUACUGUAAAUCAUUCAUCAACAAUCAUAUGUUAUAGCAACUAUGAGCAUCACCACGGAACUGUUGUGUACAUGCGCUUUACUUUUGGCCUUUUAAUUCCGUUCCUGACCAUUUCCACCUGUUACUCCAUCCUGAUCUGUAAACUUAAAGCAAACCAAAUGUCCAAAUUCACCAAGCCCUACAAGAUCAUGACAUUACUGAUUACAACUUUUUUUUUCUGUUGGUUACCAUUUCACAUUAUAUCUAUUAUAGAGUUGAACAAAUCUAAAGAGACUCCACAUGAUCCCAUCUUUCACACGGCCCAACAAUUAGCUGCAAUUCUUGCCACUGCAAACAGCUUUAUAAACCCAUUCCUCUAUGCAUUCAUGGCCAAGGAUUUGAAGAAGAAAUGCUAUUCCUUCCUGUCGAAGAUUGAGAGCGCCAUUGAUGAGGAGACCCAAAGCGCUUUCCAAAGAACGUCCAUUACCAAUUCUGUGGAUAACAGACUUUCCACUGCUGUCUGAAAUUUUAAAGGUGCUUUUUUUAUUUGCAUGAUUGUGUUUAUGGGGUGCAAUAUAACAUGUAUUCGUGUUUUUUCUUUUUUUAAA